CUCAUCUUCCUCUUCUUUUCUUCAUGACAAGCGGUGGCGGUAAGGCAGACAAGGCUCCCAAGCUCCCAUGCACGUCCCGCAGCCCGUUGCGCUGGAGCCAAGUGGGGCAAACUUUUUUGAGGGUUCACCUCAAGAAAAGUCUACGGCAUACUCUGCGCCAUUACCAUAGCAGUUAAACGUCCAGGACACCACAACCGUUGGGAAUACUUCGCAGAUCUCGUUAUUAAUCCGUCUGCUACCGAUGACUGAAAUCUCCGCAACACCAAUUCGGCGAUAGGCCGCACUCCGAACCCUUUCCAUCUUCAGCACGACCCAAGUCGCCCAGCAUGCCGAAGAAAGCCAUCGACGCGCGCAUUCCCACCCUCCUGCGCAAUGGCAUGCGCGAGAAGAAGCGCAGCUUCUUCGUCGUCGUCGGCGACCGGCAAAAAGACGUCAUCGUCAACCUCUACCACAUCCUGCUCAACCUCGACAUCAAGCUCAACAAGAGCGUGCUGUGGGCGUACAAGAACAAGCUGCUCGGCUUCACGAGCCACCGCAAGAAGCGCGAGAAGAAGAUCAAGAAGGAGAUCAAGCGGGGCAUUCGCGAUGCCGACACCGACGACCCGUUUGAGCUGUUCAUCAGCACGCAGAACAUUCGGUAUGUGUACUACAAGGAGACGGAUCGGAUCUUGGGCAAUACGUAUGGGAUGUGCAUUUUGCAGGACUUCGAGGCCAUUACGCCCAAUCUAUUGGCGAGGACGAUUGAGACUGUCGAGGGAGGCGGCGUGGUGCUGCUCUUGCUCAAAGGGAUGAGUAGCUUGAAGCAGCUCUACACCCUCUCCAUGGACAUUCAUUCGAGAUACCGCACCGAGGCGCAUGAUGAUGUUGUGGCACGAUUCAACGAACGCUUCAUCCUGUCACUGGGCAGUUGCGAAUCAUGUCUGGUUGUGGACGACGAGAUGAAUGUUCUCCCCAUCUCCGGCGGGAAGAACGUGGUGGAGAAGAGUCUGCAAGAUGAUGCGGGCGAGGUGGCUGCCGCGCGGAAAGAGCUGGAACAAGUCAAAGAGAGCUUCGUUGAUACGCAACCGAUUGGACCUCUCGUCAAGCUCGCGCGAACCGUCGAUCAGGCCAAAGCGUUGCUCACAUUCGUCGAGGCGAUCAAGGAGAAGACGCUCUCCAGCACCGUGACUUUGACUGCAGCUCGAGGACGCGGCAAAUCAGCAGCGUUGGGCGUGGCAAUCGCGGCGGCGAUUGCGUUUGGCUACAGCAAUAUUUUCAUCACCUCUCCGUCGCCAGAGAACUUGAAGACGCUGUUCGAGUUCGUCUUCAAGGGCUUCGACGCCCUUGACUACCUCGAUCACACCGACUACACCAUCGUCCAAUCCACGAAUCCCGACUUCAACAAAGCCAUCGUUCGAGUCAACGUCCAUCGACAGCACCGUCAGACCAUCCAAUACAUCCAACCGCAGGACGCAUACGCUCUGGGCCAGGCGGAGCUCCUCGUCAUUGAUGAAGCGGCAGCGAUCCCUUUGCCCCUCGUCCGAAAGCUGAUGGGACCAUACUUGGUCUUCAUGGCAUCAACCAUCAAUGGCUACGAAGGAACUGGUCGAUCACUAUCACUCAAGCUCAUUCAGCAGUUGCGGGAGGAAUCAAGAGGCGUGUCGAAACUCAAGAGAGACGAGACGCUCGCCGAUCGGAACCCCAACUCCAAAUCAGCCGACGGCGCUUCUAACAUUUCAUCUUCCCGCUCGCUCCGAGAAAUCACCCUCUCCGAACCCAUCCGAUAUGCGCAAGGUGACGACGUUGAGCGCUGGCUAAAUCGCCUCCUCUGCCUAGACGCCACCCUCCCGCGUGCCACUAACAUCCACGGAACGCCACACCCCUCACAGUGUGAGCUCCUCCAAGUCAAUCGCGACACCCUCUUCUCCUUCCACAAAGUCAGCGAAAAGUUCUUGCAGUCGAUGAUGGCGCUGUACGUCGCGUCGCAUUACAAAAACAGUCCGAAUGACCUCCAGCUCAUGUCUGAUGCGCCGGCGCAUCAAUUAUUCGUUCUGGUGCCGCCCAUUCAGGACAACGCCAACGCUCUCCCCGAAAUCCUGUGCGUGCUGCAGGUCGCGCUCGAGGGCCAGAUCAGUCGAGAGAGUGUACUCAACAGCCUGUCCAGGGGACAGAGAGCUGGUGGUGAUUUGAUCCCCUGGCUCGUGAGCCAGCAAUUCCAAGACUCGGAUUUUGCUGGCCUUAGCGGAGCGAGAGUCGUGCGCAUCGCGACCAACCCCGACUACGCCAACAUGGGAUACGGAUCGCGAGCACUGCAGCUGUUGACGGAGUUCUACGAAGGCAAGCACAUCAACCUGUCAGAAACAGACGACCUGGCCGCCACGCACGAGCAGGAAAUGGUACGCGUCACAGACGAAGACCUAGAGCAAAGCACGCUCAUGACCGACAACGUCAAAGUGCGCGACAUCCGCGCCAUGCCACCUCUCUUCGCACGCCUGCCCGAACGCCGCCCGGCGGCGCUAGAUUACCUCGGCGUCUCCUACGGCCUCACCCAGCCCUUGCACAAAUUCUGGAAGCGCGGCGGCUUCGUGCCCGUCUACCUGCGCCAAACGGCCAACGACCUGACGGGCGAGCACACGUGCGUCAUGCUGCGCACGCUCGAAACGGGCGCCUCCGACCCUGGGUGGCUAGGCGCGUACGCCAAGGACUUCCACCGCCGCUUCCUGUCGCUUCUCAGCUACCAGUUCCGCGCGUUUGGCAGCGUGCAGGCGCUCGCACUCGACGAGUCGGCGCAUAUGGGUAUCGACCUGCUCGAAGACGGGGAGAAGAGCACACCGCUUGACAAAGCCGCGCUCGAUGCCCUGUUCACGCCUUUUGAUCUCAAGCGCCUUGAUUCCUACGCGAACAACAUGCUCGACUACCACGUCAUCCUCGACCUCAUGCCCACCAUCGCGCAGUUGUACUUCACCGGCCGCAUCCGCAACGAGCAUGGCAUCCGGUUGUCAGGCGUGCAGCAAGCGCUGCUCUGCGCUAUCGGCUUGCAGAGAAAGGUUCUCGAAGAUCUGGAAAAGGAGUUGGGACUGGGGACUAGUCAGUUGCUCGCGAUGUUCGUCAAAGUCAUGCGCAAGAUUAGCAUGCAUUUCCGACAGCUGCAGGAGGGCGCGAUUGCCAAGGGUAUGCCAGCCGUGGAGAGCGGACGGUCAGGCAUUGACGGGGAAGAAGAAGCGAACGGUGUAGAUCUCGAGACGGUUGGGAAGGACUUAGAAGACGAAUUGGCCGAGGGGGGUGCGGAGGUGGACGAGGCGGAGAAGAAGCGGUUGCGGGAGAUGAUUGAUGCGCUGCCAUUGGAGCGGUAUGCGAUGGGCGAUGGCGACGAUGCGCAGUGGGAGGAUGCCGAGAGGCAGAUCCGGGAAGCGGGCAAGAAGAGCAAUGGAGUGGGGAGGAGCAAGACGGUGAGUGUGAAGAGCAGUGCGUCUCGCGACGCGGCGAAGAGGAAGGCGGGCGAGGCGGUGGCGGAGGCGCACAAAGAACUGCAACAGGGAGAGGGCAAGUUCAAAAAGUCGAAGAAGGGAAGAUGAGGGAGGGGGCA